AUGUAUUACAGGGCAGUGAGUGUACAGCCCCCUGAGUUCCUAAACGUCGAGACCGAACUCAACGGCAAACAGAUCUCUGAGAAUACUCCAGUUGGUGCAACAAUUUUCCAAGUCCGUGCUAGAGAUCCGGACGGAAAUCCUCUGCAGUUUUUCAUCACUGGAGACUCCUUCAGCAUAACCGAUGUCGGGUUAAAUGCUCAACGGGAAAGUCUGGGAGAUAUAACGGUGGCCAAGAUUUUGGAUCGUGAGACAAACCCAAUUGUCACAUUUGCCCUAACUAUACGUGACGGAGUUGGAGGACACGAGAUCACCUACAGCGAUAUUCAUGUCAAUGUCGUUGAUUACAAUGACAACUCGCCGCAGUUUCAAAACACACCAUAUGAAACCAGUGUCAGCGAGAAUGCAGAUCUUGGGACGUCCAUCUUUCAAGUUUCAGCUACUGACGUAGACAGUGGAGCCAAUGGUGCCAUCAAUUUCCAUCUAACUUCGAACACGGAGUCGUUUGACAUCGAUUCAGUGAGUGGAUGGAUAACACUGAAGGACAGGACGAACAUCGAAACGGAGACUGAAACGGCAUACGCUGUCACCGUGCAAGCAACUGAUGGCGGAACCCCGUCCCUAUCGACCUCCGUGGACGUGUUUGUGGCGGUGAAUGACGUACAGAACAGGUCUCCCGUUUGGCUCGGGGAGCCCUAUGACGUGUCAAUCAAAGAAGGAGAUCCCAGCAGUCGAUUGGGCGCUACCGUUCUCACAGUUCAGGGUUUAGAUGGCGACAGGUCCAGAACAAACUCUGUUCGCUACGAACUUGUCAGUGGGGAUCCUUCGAACUAUUUCAACGUCGGUACCACCAAUGGAAGGCUGACUCUGAACAAAGCCCUGGACAGGGAGGCACCAAACAUCUUUGCCAUCACCACGCCUGGAGUCUUCAUUCUGAAAAUAAAGGGGACCGAGUACAAACCGGAUGGAACAGUUUCGAACCCGGAGCAGUCCAGCGAAGUAGUUGUGAUCAUUCGAGUUACAGACGCCAACGACAACCUACCCGAGUUCAACCAGCAAGCCUACAAUGUAGAAAUCACAGAGAACCCAGCGGUGGACACACCUCUGCCUCGUCUCAGGAUGACAGUGUCGGACAAGGAUACACUACCCAACAACCUGUUCAACCUAAGUGUCAUUAAUGACCCAAACAACGUCUUUGACAUCGAGCCCAAAAUAGUGCUGGGAGGACAGGCUAUCGUCAACCUGCUGGUCAGUGAUCCAUCUCAGCUGGAUUAUGAGACAACGCCCAACCACCAGAUCGCCAUAAGGGUUCAGGCAACGGAGUUUCUCCCUGAAGGUGGAAGCCCUCAGCAAGUGUCUGUUCCUGUAGUCAUCAACAUCAAAGACGCUCCAGAGAGCAGCAACAGGAUCUUUAAUCUGGAUGUGACUGAGAACUCCUCACCCGGCACCACUGUUGGGACAGUCAGGAGGGACGGGGAGACCGCUGUAGACUACUGUAUUGUAGGUGGAAACACAAACAGCACGUUUGCUGUAGACAAGUCCACUGGCUUGGUGACCGUGGUAGCGCAGCCGGACAGAGAGAUAAUGGCUCUGUACGAACUUGUCAUCAAGAAAGUACCAACGGGUUCGGCUUGUCCUGCGGGGCCGAUUGCAUACGACGAUAACGACGCCACCCUAAGCAAGGCUCUGAUCACCAUAAAUGACAUGAACGACAACAACCCAACAUUCCCAACAAAGGUGUACUAUGCAGGAAUACCAGCUGAUAUUACAUUCGACAGACCAAUAACUCAGGUCCAGGCAUUGGACGCCGAUGCAGGGGUUAACAGUGAGAUCACGUACAGCAUCACAUCAGCAGAGUUCAUUGCCAACAGGAAUGACAUAACAGGGGAACAGAGUAGACCGGUGCCUAAUGCAUUUCGGGUGGACCCCCAAACAGGCCAACUGCACACCAACCAACUCUUCAACGACUACCAGAAUGGUUACUUUACAGCAAAUGUGCGAGCUCAGGACGGCGCUGGGAGAAGCGAUGAUACGGAAGUUAGGGCAUACGCGCUACCGUCACAGUACGGACUGAGCACGGUGUUUGAUACCAGCCCAGAUACACUGAAGCCACCUAAGAUACACGAAUGUCUGAGGCGCCUUGAGGAGCGAACAGGCCGCAGAGUGGUCUACCAGAGUCUGCAGUAUGGCACAAACAGCCAGGGAAACAUCAACAAACAGCAAUCUCAAGUCCGCUACUAUCUUAUAGACGAGAACACAAACAUGGUGCUAACGACUCAAGAGGGGAUGAGAAUCGUGGAUGGAGUGGACUGGAACACACUCCGACCAGAGUGCCCACCGCCGGCCGGGACACGCAGCGCUCAGGUUGGCAGUGCUUAUGAGGGAUUCAGUAACUGGGAGGCCUUCAUGAUCGCUCUUGCCGCACUUCUACUCUUGGCCCUCCUCCUCUUGUUGUGUCUCCUCUGCUACUGCAGACACUGGUACAAGAAGAAGAUGCAAAGCAAGUUAUUGGUUGAGCCGGUACCAGAGCCCGCGCCAGAAGAGGAAUUGACCACAGUUUUCACAGAAAAGCAGGAGCUAGAAACGCAACUUGCUAUUAUGGAUUUUGGGACCGAUAUCAAACCUGACCUCAAGAGUGACGGAGUAACCUUUGCGUCCACGACCAAAACACAACAAGCCAUCGGCUACCAUGAAUACAUCAGCACACGGAUUCCGCCUCAAGAAUGGGGCAACCACAAUGCUGCAUUCACUAUGGAGCGUGAUGAGGAACCAGUUCACACCACCGUCUUCACCCGUGACCAGGGUGGCACCUCUUCAGGCUACAUCACCGGAGCCGCCGACGGAGAAGUUGUCUCAACUACGGUCUUCUCUAAGCAGGCGGAUGCAGGCAACACCAGGAUAAACCACCCCGUGUAUGACGGCACAUACUACGAGCACGAGCAAAGCAGCAGGAUUUAAAAGUCAGACGUUAACCUAGCGCAACCUGUCACUGUCGGCGACAGAGACGACCAAAUUCAUUGCCUUCCUUGUUACUUAUACGUUCUUUGGAAUGAUAUGUUCAUCAAAAGCUAAAUUUUUUACAGUCCUUUUGUGCAUAUUUUAUCAUAUUUACAGUAAUUUACAGUAAUGUUCUUCAGUCAAACAUGUUAGCAAAUAUUCGUUAAAAAGCUGCCUGCUCUGAGAAUUUAGUUUGAACAUUAUCUAUUUGAAGGGCCGUAAGGUAGAACCAGGUUUAAACUAUUUACAUGAAUAAUGUGUUUAGCAAAAUAGAAACCUAUGAUUUUGUAGACUAGAAAAUGAUGCAAUAAGGAAUUGGAUUACGUAUGUAACCUUAUUUUGGAUAUAGAUUUAUUGCAACUUUAUCGAGACUAUAUCUUUUGUCAUUGUUUCCAAAUAGCCUUUUGCUUUUAACCUGCAGUUUAUUUUUCAAAUGUAUAAAAGUUUAUUCGUAGUUAGAAUAGAUAUAAGCAAUUUCCGUAGUCGUUUAUUGAAUUGCUUAUACACAGGCAAAUGCGCAGAACAUUUUAUGCUAUGCUAGCUAGAUUUCUACCAGUGAUUUAAUGCAAUAUCACUCCUUCUACUAUACAGCGAUAUCUGAUACUGCAUAUGUCACGAUUUACAUUUUAUAAUAGAAUUUGCUUUGUACAAGGUGUGCAAAAUAUUGAUAAUCAACUAGAAAUAGGAUGAGAUUAAAUUUUUAAGACAAACAAUAUUUUGACUCGUUAGCAAUAGAAGCAUUAUCUUUUAUAAAUUUUGUCUUUGAUAUAUCGUUAUUAGUACUAGUAGAAUAAUUUUGUGUUUCAAAUAAUGACCUUGUUUCGUAUUUCUUUAACCCAAAAAAAAUUUCACUAUACAAUUAGGCGACAAAUUAUUUACCAAUCAAUUUUCAAUGACAGAUAUCAUUUAUCGGAACUUAGAUCUAUACCUUAACGAUUAUUUUGUAUAAGUAAAGAUUUCACUUUUUAUCAAAAUAAAAGGAGAUGAUGAUCAUACGUCGUGGUCAAAGCUUCACGAGAUAUAUCUUUAUCUAUAUUGGCAAUUAUUCGUGCAUCUUAAACCAGAAUGCAUGAGGUGCGGUUCUAUGUACACUUGCUACAGAUAAGCACAAUUACGUAUCUUCCUGUCAGUGAUUUUAAGCCAUACAAAAGUGACCGUGUUAAACAGGUGUCCCUGCAUCCUUAUUUUAUACUUAAACUACUUUAACUACUACGAAUAAAUUUAGUAAGAUUUUCGUA